GGAGCGUCAGGGCAGGGCAGAGGGAGACAGUGGAGGAGCAGGAGCAGGGCAGAGAGCAAGCAAAACACACGCCGACUCUUGAUCUGUUUCACGCCGUACAAUGGGACAGCUCAGAUUAAUAUGGCUUCUUGCUGGUGUGUGCGCGCUUCAACAAGUGGAUGGUCGCAAAACCUACGCUGACAUGUUCCACCACAAGCACAAACUCCCUGGCGGGUUUCCUUUCCCGACUCCACCGAUCCCGGGGUGGGAUCCGGACACCAACCCUUGGGAUGAUUACCUUUACCCCCCACUGACCUCUAAAACCAAGGAUCUCACGCGCCACAGAGGGAAGCCGUCGGUCCAUCUGUCCAGCGAUGGCCCGGCUCUCAACGGCUCCACCAUCACCUUCACCGCCAAGCUGGAGUACCCUCCCUGUCAGAAGGAGGACCCCAGUGGGAACCUGGUCUGGGACGAGCACUGUGAGGACGGUACGGAGCUGGAGGCCUCAGCGAACGGACAGGUGAGGUCCGGCUACGUCUACAACUGGACCUCCUGGGUGGACGAUUACGGAUUCGGAAAGUGCACAGACGCCAGAAAAUGCAACGUGUUCCCGGACGGAAAGCCCUUCCCUCAGAGCAACGACUGGAGACACAAGAGCUACGUCUACGUCUGGCACGCCAUGGGUCAGUACUACGAGACGUGCGACGGCUCCUCCUCCAGCGUCAAACUCAACACCACCAACUUUCCCAUUGGGGCAGAAGUCAUGGAGGUCAUGGUGUACCGUAAACGCGAACGAAGAACGUACACUCCGCUCAGCGCCGACAACUCAGUGUUCUACGUCACAGACAAAAUCCCACUGACGGUGAAAAUCAGUCAGAAGGCGGCGGUCAGUCAGUCAGAGAACGUUUUCUUCCGGGGCGAGGACGUCGUCUUCAAAGUCCAGCUCCAUGACCCCAGCGCUUACCUGAAAACGGCAGCGUCCGUCGACUACAUCUGGGACUUCAAGGACGGAAACCAGCUGGUCACUCACAGGGAGCUGACCACACACUCCUACAACACCCUGGGCCUCAUGAGUGUGAAGCUGGUGGUGGAGGCAGCCUUCCACACAGAGUGUCCCCCUGCUGCUGCCACCCCCACCUCUCGCGUGCCCACCACACCGCGCCCCACUGAGCAUUCGCCGGCUGCUUUCACCCAAGCCAUCACAGUAAAGAUGGACACCACCCAAGUUCCUCAGAGCUCCAGCACGGCCAUGUCCUCCACCUUCCCCACCACAGAGGCCCUCGACACCACCAUGGCCGACCCCACCUCCGCACCCUUCCUUCGCAGCAGCAGACGCCUGUCCAACAAGAAAGAGUGUUUCCGAUACGUCUACGGAACCUUCCUAGGCAACAUCACCAUCGUCGAGCAUCCGCUGGCUGAAGAGCAGAAGAGCCACAUUGUGCAGGUGUCAGCCAACAGGCUGACCACCACUGACAUCAGCUUCCUUGUUAAAUGUCUCGGCAGCGUCCCAUCGUCCGUCUGCACCAUCAUGUCGGACCCCACCUGCACCGAGGUGCAGAGCAUCAUCUGCAAUGAGGUCCCUCCGUCUCCCGAGUGCGAGGUCCGACUAAGGAGGACCUUCCUGGACCCUGGUACCUACUGCAUCAACAUCACCCUGGUCGACGCCAGCAGCCUGUCUCUAGCCAGAGCCACCAUCGCCUUCAACAGGCCCACGGAGCCACCGGUGACCAGGAGCCCUCAAGCAGCUAAGGUGGUCCUGUCAGCCAGCGCCGUACUGCUCUCAGUCUUCGGCUUCAUAGCCUACAUGGUGUACAAACGCUACAAGUCAUACCGACCCAUCCGAAGGUCGAUGGUGGAAGACCCCUGCACCCGCAGCGGGGUGGGAGGUCGCGUGAUGCGACUGAAGGAGUCACUUUUCCCAUCCAGCGAGGAGAGUCACCACCUGCUGACCGAGAGACGCCCGGUCUAACCUUCUACUCGCUCCAGUUACCUGCCAGUGACUUGGGGAAGCUGACAGAGCCGAGUCACUCACAGAAGAUUAGACUGAAGGCUGCUGCAGAGCUGUAUUUGCUAACAUUGUGUCUGUGGUAGACCACUCUAUCACGCUAGGUUUGUUGAGUGAUGAACUGUUGGUGACAGUUAAGACUAAUAGCAAUA